UUGGCCGCCUAUUCGCUUCCAGUUGCCUCCGCGCUAUAUAAACACUCAUUGGUGCCUCUGGCUUGACGCACACACACUCCUUUACGCACACACACGCACUGAGGGUGACUUGUGUAGGAAAAGUGAGAGGGAGAAGCGCCGAGGAACAGAAAGAUACAGAGAAGAGUGAGGGGACGACAUAAAGUCAGGAGAGAAGGAGAGCAUCAUCACCUCUGGAGGAUCUACACCUAUGCCAGCACCUCAGGUUUACUCCAGACACUCUUGCAACUUCUGGAUUUGACAGACUCUUUUUUUUCUUUUGAUUGUUUUUCCCCGAGUUGAAGGACUCUAAAUAUCACCCACGUGUUCACCGUUGUCAUUUUUGAAACUUUAAAUCGCACAAAAAGAAAAAGAAAAACGAAAAAAAAAAAAAAGAGGAAAAUGCGAUUCCAAACGAGCGGCUCCUCAGUUCGCAGUGAUUUCGCUCCCAAAAGCAAACAUCAUUAACACGGAGGUGUUGAGCGUGCAUCCAGGUCACCUGUGGCAUCUUUGGUUCCAGACUCUCCAUUCAUUCUGCCGCGCCUUUUGCGCAUCAGAAAUAAACUCCGUGAAAGUUGAACAAGACCGUUGACUUCUGCGCCUCAAGUCUCCGCUUCACCACCAGCAUGCUGUUCGACAGUUUUGACCUGGUCUCGGCUCUGGCCACUCUGGCCGCGUGUCUGGUGUCCAUGGCUCUGCUCCUCGCGGUCUCCCAGCAGCUGUGGCAGCUGCGCUGGACCGCCACACGGGAUAAGAACUGCAAGCUUCCCAUGCCCAAAGGAUCCAUGGGCUUCCCCUUCAUUGGCGAGACGUGCCACUGGCUCCUGCAGGGGUCGGGCUUCCAUGCGUCCAGGAGGCAGAAGUACGGAAACGUGUUCAAGACUCACCUGCUCGGUCGGCCUCUGAUCCGGGUGACGGGGGCCGAGAACGUGCGCAAGGUUCUGAUGGGCGAACACACGCUGGUGAGGGUGGACUGGCCCCAGAGCACUGCCACGCUGCUCGGACCCAACUCUCUGGCCAACAGCAUCGGCGACAUCCACCGCAAGCGGAGGAAGGUGUUUGCAAAGGUUUUCAGCCACGAGGCCCUGGAGUCCUACCUCCCCAAAAUCCAGCAGGUGAUACAGGACAGCCUCAGAGUCUGGAGCUCCAACCCAGAGCCCAUUAACGUCUACAGCGAGAGCCAAAGGUUGUCCUUCACAAUGGCAGUGAGGGUCCUGCUGGGAUUCAGGGUGACAGAGGAGGAGAUGCGGCAUCUGUUUUCAACAUUUCAAGACUUUGUGAACAACCUCUUCAGCCUGCCCAUUGACCUGCCGUUUAGCGGCUACAGGAAGGGUAUCCGAGCACGAGACACUUUGCAGAAGAGCAUAGAGAAGGCAAUCAGGGAAAAGCCCCUGAACGCUCAUGGGAAGGACUACAGUGAUGCUCUGGACGUUCUGCUGGAGAGCGCCAAGGAGAACGGCACUGAGCUGACCAUGCAAGAACUCAAGGAAUCAACAAUCGAGCUCAUCUUCGCAUCUUUUGCUACAACUGCAAGCGCUAGCACUUCGCUCAUCAUGCAGCUCCUGCGACAUCCAAAUGUUCUGGAGCGUCUGCGCGAGGAGCUGAGAGCCAAGGGCCUCCUUCACAAUGGCUGCCUUUGCCCUGAAGGAGAGUUGCGACUGGAUACCAUUGUCAGCCUGAAGUACCUGGAUUGUGUGAUCAAGGAGGUGUUGAGACUCUUCACUCCGGUCUCCGGGGCCUAUCGGACCGCCAUGCAGACCUUUGAGCUUGAUGGUGUUCAGAUUCCCAAGGGCUGGAGCGUGAUGUACAGUAUUCGGGACACCCAUGACACGUCGUCUGUCUUCAAAGAUGUGGAUGCCUUUGAUCCCGACCGCUUCAGCCAGGAGCGAGGGGAAGACAAAGAAGGACGCUUCCACUAUUUGCCCUUCGGUGGAGGUGUGCGCUCCUGCCUGGGGAAGCAGCUGGCAACCCUUUUUCUGCGCAUCCUGGCCAUUGAGUUGGCCUGCACCAGUCGCUUUGAGCUGGCCUCUCGGCAGUUUCCUCGCAUGAUCACAGUACCUGUGGUCCACCCAGUCGAUGGACUGAAGGUCAAGUUUUACGGUCUGGACUCAAACCAGAACAAAAUAAUGGCCAAGUCAGAAGAGCUGCUCGGUGCAACCGUCUGAGGAAGUUAAGACAAAGAAGAGUAAUGAUGAAACACAUCUCUAGGGAAAGACUGAAGGAAGGAACGAAGGAACAUGUACCCUUUUCAUCCCCACCUUUAUUCUAACACAUUGAAGGUUUCUCAGCCGUAGGACUCUUCAUUUGUUGUUAGAACAGAUGAUGGUGGGGACUUAUCUUCAAGAGAGGAAGAAGCUGCCAAAAAUGUUCUUAAUUAAGCUCUGUUCUGUGUAUUUUUGAGGAUUAUUGAAACUAAAUGUACAAAUGGCUAUGUAAUAUAAACUGGUUAAAAGAUUGUGGGUUUGUGCACAAAGUUGGAAAGUUUGCUUUUGGUGGAAACCAAAGGUAUAGAUGGAUGGAUAAAACAGGGUAUUGGGCGAUAGGAUGACGUUUGAAUAGUCCGAGUAAACGGCUGUAAGGGAUGGUUCUGUCAUGUGUUCAUCAAUCUCUAUGGCUUUUUAGAGCUAUUGGUGAUACAACUGAAACAAAAACAGCAAAAUAUGUCUUUAAUUUAUAGUGGAUGCAAUGAGUCGCUGAACACUACUUUGGAAAUAAUCUGAACAUGCUUUCAGAGAUCAUCAUUAUACUUGCAGAGAUCAACCCUCCAACCCUCGUGGCAGGUCGUAGCUGUGUUUGUUGGCGCAUUGACAACCUCCACAUAGCAUUGCUCAAUAUUGUAGCAGAAUUCUCGAUUUACAUUUUGCGUUUGUGCCCUACUCACCAGAGAAGAGUACGGACAUCCUAAAUCCACCUUCUAAUGUGUUGCACCUGUUUUGUGUUAAUAACAGUCAUAAUGCAUAGGAAUAAAACAGACGUUUGUACCCUGUUUUUGAAAAGCAAGAAAUGCUAAACUACUUUUGAAAUCCAUCAGAAGAUCAAAGAUCGGCUUCCUUUCUAGAAACGGGUCAGUACAGGUUUUCACCGAGAUUCAAAUCUGAAAACGUGUCCGGGAGGGUUUCAAAUUGUUGUUGAAUAAAAAGCAACUGUACCUAUUCCACAGUUGCUUCACCCACACGUGUAGUAUACAAAGUCAUUGUGAGAUGAAGAAGAGAUGCAGGGAAAGGUGGAGAGGGGUGAAGGAGGAAACCUAUGUAAAUGCUGCUUGAGUGUUGCCUUGUCAUUCUGUAUAUUUUUGUGCUGUUGAAAGUAUUCUCUGUCCUCGGAGCAGCCUAUUUUCUUACCUGAAGAAGGUUAUGUUCUUUCUUGCUGCUUCUAAACAAGGAACAAUAAACCAGGAUGCAUAUCAGCUAAAAUGUCAUGGUUCAAACAACUUUAUCAGCUGGAAGAGAUUAUCAUCGAAGGUGAUUGUACCAUUGGAAUCCUGUUGUCCAUUCCAUUCUAGGUUGGGGAAGUUUGUGCCGACCUUCCGCGGCGUUAUGAGAGGAGGACCAUCAUGGACUCAGGAGAGGGCAGGGUCAAACUCAGAUACUUUUUUUUUUUGGACACUGUUGUUGUCCAGUCACGUGGACUCUGCUUGUGCUCAACAAUGUUCUCUCUCGCUAACAACAACACCACUGAUUCUCCGUGAAAGAUUAAAAGAGUUAUAUUUUUUUGCUGCUUUUUCUUUGUACAGUGUCUCAUUCAGAGUUCUAGAAUACAUCAAUAGUUCUAAAUAGCAAUAUUUACAUGGCUACAUUACAGAUAUGUAAUUUAUGGUAACAAAUUAUACGUGAACGUAAAAGAGCAUUAAUAGGGUUAUGUCUCACUUCCUUAUCAAGCCAUGGGUCAUAUCAGCUACCGACACAUACUAAUAACCUAAUAUGAAUGUGUUGUAUGAUUAAUAUUGCUGUCAUAAGAGUUUUGAAAUGCUAUUUUUUAUUCUAUUACAGAUUUUGAGUUCUUAGUCUAAAUGAAAAGGUCGUUGGAAAAUAAUGGAUGUACCUAGAAUGUUAUGUAUUUCAGUUAUAUUGUAAACAGUGUUUAAAUGUUAAUAUUGUCGAUUGAUUACUGUAAUAAUUAUUAUGGGUUUUCUUAUUUAGACGUAUUACUGCAUUUUAUUUGACAUUAAUUAUGUAAAACAGAAAGCACUUGCGAGGUAUAUCUAUUUUUUAAGUGCCAUGUGACUACACUUCCCCCUCCUGAUCCCUCUCAAAGUGAUGUCUGAUGUCAUUCUGUACAUAUUUGUACUUCUUUUUGCAGAUACAAAUUUUCAUUUAGUUCAAAUUUGAAUAUCUGGUCAUUCCUUUUCCUUUUCGGUAUUGUUGAUGUUCAGUGUAUACACAUAAUAAACUGUGCUGUCUGACUGGA